GUUCCCCGUGCGCGGGCUUGCGGUGCGCACCGCGUCUAGGGCAGAUGACCGAGCUCGCGGUGUCCCUCCGUGUGCCCGCCUGCGAGGGACUGUGGAGACUGGAGCUGGGCAGGAGGGACUGAGGAGUAGGGGUAGACUUGGCAGAGCGGCUCUCACCGGAAUCUCUGCUGUCCCGGGACAGCUGAGGAGCGCUGGGCACCUGGGUCGUAGGUGUGGCGGCGGCCGCGUCUCCUGGUGGUGUGAGCCACUGCGGGUGUGGAUCCGCAUGGGAACUAGGUCCCAGAGCCUGGUCUUGAGAAGGGCGGCGGGGCGGAGCCAGUAAGAGGCCGGGUUUCUGAGGGUCUGAGAGUGUGUCCCGGGGCGGGAGAAGAGCACGGCCCCGGGCAGCAGCGCUGCGCGCCCGGGCGUCUUUCCGGGUUUGACAGCCCUGCUCUGGGCCCUGCAGGUCUCCUGGGUCUCGCCGUGCUGAGUGGGAAUGCCCCGCGUCAGCCAGGCGGCCCUAGCCUGCUCCCCGCUCCCUGAACCCUCGGGAGGACCGCAGGGCUGUGGCCGAAAGACUGUGAUUUGGACCUAGUGAAAGGACGCCGCCCCUUUGCCCUAGCUAUGGAUUCCACAGCAUCAGCUCAGCUGUGUACAAGGUCAGCAGUGUACACAGUGGGUGCCUCCUGUGAGCCUCUUCCCCCAACAGUGGGGCCAGGGCGGGUAAUGCAAUCCAGGAGACUCAGGAAGUUUUAAGCCAUUACUUUCUAAGUUUAUAAUGUCCUGUCCUUCACCAGGUGAGCAUUUGAAUUUGUUUAUUUUUCAGCGCACAUGCUCAAGGAAACAAAACUGACCAGUGGAAAAACUGGACCAAAUCCCUGGGCCUACUACCACCUCUUUUUUUCCUUUAUGUCCUUACUACCCAGUGUGACCCACAGACCAGCAGAGGCCUCACCUGGCAGCUCUCUAGAAACGCAGACUCUUGGGCCCUAGCCCGCACUCACUGGAGCCAGGGUCUUAACAAGUCUUGAACCAGAGUUUAAACAAGAUCCUUGGGGAUCCACAUGCACGUGAAGUUUGAGAAGUGCUGACCUGUACUAUGCUAUGCUGCUUGCCUACUUGAGUGUUUCUACUGUUAGCCUUUCCACUUCACUGGCAUGAUUUGGGGUUGUUUGUUUUAAGGCUUUACAAACAGUAUGAUGCAAAGUUGUUUAAUAGAGGGGUUCUCAAAGUGUGCUGCAGAGACCCAACAGUGCUUGGAAACACCAAGGGCAGCUUCUCAGGAAGAGCUAGCAUCCGAGCUGGGUUCCCAAGAAUGAGGAGGGAGGUCUGAUUUCUUCCCCUUUAAGCCUCAUAUCCUUCCAUGGCCUUAUCUUGGGCCUUGUGUAGUUGUUAACCUUCAGGCUAGAUUUAAAAUUCUUUGAAGGUCUCCAUGUUUAUAUUUCCAAAAUGCCUAAGAGAGGACCUGCAUUUAGUAGGCCCAGUAAAUUACUCUCCAGUGGUAGGGCCAGACUGUGGUCACACUUCACAUACCUGUAGCCUGCUGUGGGCCUGAGGACAGGUAGGAGCCUCACAUUGCUGUGUGUAGGAGCACUUUUCUCUUAUAUGGGCAGGCUAGAAGCUGUCUCCUAGCUCCCUUUGACCCAUCUGUGUCUCCAGAACCAUGGAGGUGACACACAGAGCUGUAUAGGGUUCUGCAGCUUGGGAGCUGCACGUGCCGUAAGGAUUAGCCUCCCUUAUGGCUCCUUUUACCUUCCCAGCUCUCCCUUCUCAGGACCCUACUCUUCCUCCAGAGAGAUUCCCAGGAGAAAAGGGAACAACCAGUUUAUUCCUGAAAGCCAGGCCCCAGGACCUGAUGACAUUCGAGGAUGUGACUGUGGAAUUUACCCAGUGGGAGUGGGGGCAGCUGGACCCUGCUCAGAAGGACCUGUACAGGGAGGUGAUGCUGGAGAACUUCAGGAACCUGGCCUCCCUAGGGCUUCCAGUGUCCAAACCAUAUGUGAUCUGCCAGUUGGAGGAAGGGGAAGAGCCCUGCAUGUUGGAGAGAGAAAUCUCAGUAGGUGCCCAGUCAGACUUAAAGAGGAGGCCUAAACCCAAGGAAUCAAUUCCAAAUCAGGGAAUUUCCAAAGAAGAAUUAUUCCAGGUGGCAUCAGACGAAAAACACACUCAAGAUGAACUCCGGUCCUCCAAAUUGAAAGUAACGUGUGGUUGUGAUGACCAGUUAGAGAUGCAGCAGAUAAAACAGGAAAGACCCCUGAAAAAAGUGUUAACCACUCACACAUCUUCUACCAAUCUUAGGAGAGAUGAGUGGAGUGAAUUUGGGAGAAGUUUAGGCUUAAGAUCCGUCUUUGUUAAGCAACACAGUCUUCCCAUGGGAGAAGGAUCCUAUAAAUAUGAUACAGAAUUCAUACAGACUUCAGGGGGUAAUAACUCUCAGAGAACCCAUCCAGAGAAGAAAUCUUGUAAAUGUAAUGAAUGUGGGAAGUCCUUCCAUUUCCAAUCAGAACUUCGGCGCCAUCAGCGAUGUCACACUGGAGAAAAGCCCUAUGAAUGCAGUGAAUGUGGAAGAGCUUUUGGUCAUAUUUCAUCCCUUAUUAAACAUCAGAGAACUCAUACUGGAGAAAAGCCCUAUGAAUGCAGUGAAUGUGGGAGAGCCUUCAGUCAGAGUUCUUCUCUUGUUCUACAUUAUAGAUUUCACACUGGAGAGAAACCCUACAAAUGUAAUGAAUGUGGACGAGCCUUUGGUCAUACUUCAUCCCUUAUUAAACACCAGAGGACUCAUACUGGAGAAAAGCCCUAUGAAUGUAAGGAAUGUGGGAGAACCUUUAGCCAGAGCUCUUCUCUCAUUGUGCAUUAUAGAUUUCAUACUGGGGAGAAACCUUACAAAUGUAAUAAAUGUGGGAGAGCCUUCAGUCAGAGUUCAUCUCUCACCCAACAUUACAGAUUUCAUACUGGAGAGAAACCCUAUAAAUGUAAUGAAUGUGGAAGGGCCUUUGCUCACACUGCAUCCCUUAUUAAGCAUCAAAAAAGUCAUGCUGGAAAAAAACCCGUAUGAAUUCAGUGAAUGUAGAAGGGCUUUCAGCUGGAGUACACACAUUACCAAACCUCAGAGAAUUCAUAUUGGCCAGAGAUGCUAAAAGUGUAAUGUAUGUGGGAAGACCUUUGGUCAGAGGGCACAUCUUGUUCCACAUCAGACAGUACAUACUAAAGAGAAGCCCUAUCGAUUUCAAGAGAGAAGGUGGGAUUUCAGACACACCCCCUCUCUCACCAAACACUGGAGAAUCCAUACUAAUGAGAAACCAUGUGAAUGUAAUGAAUGUGGAAAGGCUUCAGUCAGAGGAUGCAUGUCAUUCAACAUCAGACAAUUUAUACUUGGGAGGAGACUUAUCAAUGUACUGAGUAUGGCAAGCCUUCAGUCACAUACUAUUCCUUUAAAAAAUCAGAUAGCUCAUACUGGAGAGAAAUUCUACAAGUGUGGUAAGUCAAGAACACAUACUAGAGAGAAGCUCUAUGAAAACAGGAAAUCGGGGAAGGUCUUCAGUCAGAGCUCAUCCCUUAUUAAGCUUCAGAAAAUUCAUACUUAAGAAAAACCCUAUAAAGUGGUGAAUGUGAGAAUGCCUUCAGGCAAAUCUCAUUGCUUUAUAAACCUCAGAGAACUCUCCCUACUAGUUAGAAAACUGGUAAUGUGAUGCAUGUGGGAAAGCCUCUGUGGAUGUUCCACCCUUUUGCACACCAGAGAAGUUAUGCUACGGCAACUCUUUGAAUUUAGUGAAACUCGAAAAACCCACUAGUAUAGUCAGGCCUCAGCAUACAUUAAGUCUUAACCUCCAAGAGAAACUCUGGGAGAUUAAUGAGGCUUAAUGAAACUUCCUUUCAGACUUGAGAUUCAUAAAACUAGAGCUGAUAGGAAGCUGAGAAAUCGCAUCAUCUGGUGAUUUUCUACCUGGUGGGAAGCAUUUGUAUAAGUGCACUUGUGCACUGACUCCCAUCCUGUUACUGAUAGGACACAGUGUUACUGCCUGGGUGAGGAGGAUGGAGGCUGAGAAAGGUAGAGAGCCAUCAGUGGUCUAGCCCAGCCAUGUUUUAGAGCUAAGGAAGCUGAUGUUCAGAAAGUGCCAUGUCCUUGCCUAUAGACAGUUGCAGUUUGGGGAUUGAGACACUGAAGGCCUUCCCUGUUCAAUACCCCCCUGUACUUGUUUCUCUUUAACAUAUGUUACUUUUCUCUGUGAGGCAAUGGAGUAGUCUAUGUUUGAACAAAAAGCAAUUUUCUGUAUGUAUUUAUGCUGCUGGAUUUGGAAAUUUUUAAAAAUAAUUUUUUUUAGAGAUGAGGUCUUUCUAUG